CAGCCAAUAGGAAUCCGCACAGGAUUGAGGCUAGAUGCGCCAUUUUACUGCGUCCACAGCCAUCCGGCAAGAUGGUCCCCCUGCUUUGUCUCCACUGACCGGAGUUGUUUCGGUUUUCUCUUGCUUCUUCUUGCUUUAACACUAGUGAAAAUCUGUAUGCUCGACUGAGCUGGGCUGCCUGGGCCAAAGACAAAACCAGUGUUUGUCAGUCAAGAAAUGACGACGGCGAGAAGUAAAAUGAGUCUGGCUGCUUCAGAAUCACACCUAGACCAAAUGGCGGAAAAGGAAGAAGAGCCUGGUAGCUCAGCAGAAACUAUGAAGCCCUCCUCUUCUCGCAACAAGAGGAAGCCCACCUCUGUAGCUAAGCACACGGACCAGAAUGGAUCCGAGUCCUCGGCCGAAAGUGAAGGUGCCACUUCUGACAAUCCUUCAGACAAUAACACGGGGAGUGUUUCUAAAGGCACUUUAGUGAUGAGGCCAGCUGGGAAUGAAAACAAAGGUGCCAUGAAGCUCAGAGUGGAUUUCAAACAGAAAAAAACAGAUGAUGCCCUGCAGAAGAAGGUAAACUGCACUGCCUGUGGAAAACAAGUGAACCAGUUCCAGCGUAACUCUGUGUUUGUUCAUCCUGUGCUCAAAGUACUUAUUUGCAAGUCAUGCUACAAAUACUAUACAAGUGAUGACAUCAGCAGAGACUCUGAUGGGAUGGAUGAGCAGUGCAGGUGGUGUGCUGAAGGCGGCAAACUCAUCUGCUGUGACUACUGCAACAAUGCCUUUUGCAAGAAGUGCAUUCUGCGCAACCUGGGCAGGAAGGAGCUGUCAGGCAUUACUGAUGAGAACUCAAAGUGGCACUGUUAUGUCUGCAGAUCAGAGCCCCUCCAGGAUCUGGUCUCCAAAUGCAGUCGCAUCAUGGAGAAACAGCAGCUUAAGCAAAAGAAAACGGAGAAGACGGAGGAACGUGAGAGCAAGAAGCAUAAGAACAAAGCAGCCAAAGAGCACAAAGCAGUCGUCAAUGGAAAAGAACACACAGAAGACUCGGGGACCAUGACAUUCUCCUACAGAAAACUGCACAUACCAAAAGAACUUGUAAAGAAAGCAAAAAAGCUUGUUGAAACUACAACUGGGUUGAACAAUACUUUCAUCCAGUUCAUUCAACAGGAAGCCGAGGACCAGGGAGAUAGACCUAUCAGGUAUCGGCAUUUGAAAGCCUUUAAGGCCGUGCUUUCUGAUUUGAGAAAAGCUCACAGUGCUUUAGAGGAGGCUUUGGAGCCUGAGUUUAGAAACAUGGAGUUGCAGAAUGGCAAUGAAGGCCAGCACGUUGUUAGAAAAAGCACUAAUGUUGAGGCAGUUGCAGAAAAUGAUACCAUGGACAACACUGCAGAUUCGGUGUUGGAGCGCGAUCCACCUAAAGAGGUGGAUGAGGAGACGCUUCAGGAGCAGGAUGUGGAAAAAGAUCAGGUGUCAGAACAGAGUGAAAUGAAAGAUCACCAAACAGAAACUGACGCAACCCAAAAGACAAUUAAAAAAGAAGUUUGUGAAGAUGGGCUGGUGUCUGCUGGUGAAAUGUCCUUAGAUCAUGAUAUUAUGUCUGUGCCGCCUUCAGUUCCUGAAGAGCUUUUUCAGAUGGUGGAGAGUCUUGCAGAUUCUACAAUGCUGUCACAGGCUGACACAUCCUCGGUCACCGAUGCCGAGUCACAGUCUAAUGGAAACCCAGAAGACACUCAGCCCCAGCCCAAGGUAAAGAACCUUAUAGUGAAACUGACUCCUGUCCCAGUUGUUACAACGUGUGGGUCAAGGUCAUCCAGGUCCAAAAACAAAGAAAAGGGCGGCGAGAUGUCAAAAAAGUCUGAACAAGAAUGCGAGGAGGAAGAAAAUGCAGCUUCUGAUGAAGUAGAUGGAACCAAGAGCCCACCGCCCAGCCGUCGCUCUAGCAGAGUGAAGACUACUCCUUUGAGAAAGCAGACUGAGAAUAAGGACAAGAAUGUGUCCUCUGACUCGGAUUCAGAGUCAGAGGAAGAUCACAAAGACAAGGUCAAGUCUUCCAAGAAAUCCAGGAGCACUAAAAAGGAAGACGAGAAACAGGCCAAGGCUUCUGAUAAAAAGACAGCUGACUCUGAUUCGGAUGAAGUUCCUGAUGUACUGAUGGAAAAAGCCGCAGCAGGCGACAGCACUGAUGAGGGAAGCGCCAAAUCUAAAAAGCAUUCACUCAAACUAAAGCCAUCCACAGAAGACGCAGAGAAAUUGUCCAAACGCAAAAGGAAGUCUGUAAGCUCCGAUUCAGACCUAGCAAGUAAAGGUAAGAAAACUUCCAAGAAGAAGAAACGGAACGGCUCGGACUCCUCAGACUCGGACUCUGAGGAGAAGGACAGUAAAGCGCGUGUAGCGAGGAGGAGAUCUACCCGUGUAAAGAAGCAGGAUGACACAAAAGAAGAAAGCAAAAACUCACCUGAGACGAAGCCGAAGAGGUCCUAUGAAAAGAAGUGCAAGGGAAAGGGCUCUAGAACAUCCUCAAAGCUACAGUUGACCUCUAGUGAUGAGGAGGAAGAGGAGGCUGAAGGUGCCUCUGGGGAGGACAGCGACGAGCAAAAGAUCAAACCUAUUGUGGAGGAUAACGUUUUGGCAGGCAGUGCAGCCUUUAUUCAAUCCUCAGGAGAUGAAGUGGACACUAAAGAGGGAAUUACUGGGUUUUGUGAUGACGAUGAUGACGACGAUCCUGAGAACAGGAUUGCAAAGAAAAUGCUUCUUGCCCAAAUCAAAUCGAACUACUCCUCGGGAGCAGAGAGCUCCUCUGACAAUGAAGAGGCAGAAAAGGAGGAGAAGUCCUCCAAGAAAGUUAAAAAAGAAAAUGAAGAAGACGAGCAGCAAGAUGAUGAGGAUACAGAAGACUCUGGCUCUGAUGUCGAGGUGAAGAAGAGUGGCAGACGCCAUAAACUGCUUCGUCAUAAACUCUCACUGAGUGAGGGUGAAUCAGGAGAGGAGAAGGCUGCUGGGAAAGAGAAGAAGAAGGGCAAGAAGAAGUCAGGACGGAAAGUGGACAGCGAUGACUCUGCAGACUCAGACUUUGAAAAGUCAGAGUCCAGUGGAGAGUCGGCCGUGAGUGAGGUGGUUAGCGACUCAGACAAUGAAGACAAGCGUCGAAAGACCAGAGCUGCGAAGAAGAAGGAUGAUGAAAAACAGAGAAGUUAUGCUCAGAAGAAGAAGCGACGCAGGAUCAAAGUUCAGGAUUCUUCUUCAAGCAAUGAGAAGAGUGGAGAGGAGGGCGGGGAGGACCAAGAUGGAGAAGGACGCAAAGGCCGAAAGAAGAUCCGCAAAAUCCUGAAGGAUGACAAACUGCGGACGGAGACGAGGGAUGCUUUGAAAGAAGAGGAGGAGAGGAGAAAGCGCAUAGCUGAGAGAGAGGCACUCAGGGAGAAACUUCGAGAGGUGAUUGUGGUGGAGGAGUCUUCCCAGGUUGUCUGCCCCAUCACUACCAAGCUGGUGCUGGACGAGGACGAAGAAACCAAAGAGCCUCUGGUGCAGGUGCACAGGAACCUGGUGACAAAGCUCAAACCUCACCAGGUUGAUGGAGUGCAGUUUAUGUGGGACUGCUGCUGUGAAUCGAUGAAAAAAAUUGAGAAGUCUUCUGGCUCUGGCUGCAUCCUUGCCCACUGUAUGGGCCUGGGAAAGACUCUGCAAGUGGUGACAUUUCUUCACACGUUGCUGCUUUGUGAGAAGCUCGAUUUCACCACAGCACUGGUGGUUUGCCCCCUGAACACUGUCCUGAACUGGCUCAAUGAAUUUGAAAAGUGGCAAGAAGGAAUGAAGGAUGAAGAGAGUUUAGAGGUAACUGAGCUGGCCACAGUGAAGAGGCCACAGGAGCGAGCGUAUGCCCUUCAGCGAUGGCAGGAGAUGGGCGGUGUUAUGAUCAUGGGCUACGAAAUGUACCGAAACCUGACGCAGGGCAGGAACAUCAAGAGCAAGAAGAUCAAAGAGACUUUUCAGAAGACUCUGGUAGAUCCAGGGCCAGACUUGGCGAUCUGUGAUGAAGGCCACAUCUUGAAGAAUGAGGCCUCUGCUGUGUCCAAAGCAAUGAACUCGAUCAGGACGAGGAGGAGGAUUGUGCUGACUGGAACGCCGCUGCAAAAUAACCUUAUUGAAUACCACUGCAUGGUGAACUUCAUUAAGGAAAACCUGCUUGGUUCAGUUAAGGAGUUUAGGAACCGCUUUAUUAACCCCAUCCAGAACGGUCAGUGUGCCGACUCCACCCUACAAGAUGUCCGGGUCAUGAAGAAAAGAGCUCACAUUCUUUAUGAGAUGCUUGCUGGAUGCGUCCAGAGAAAAGAUUACACUGCACUCACCAAGUUCCUACCUCCCAAGCAUGAGUAUGUGUUGUCAGUCAGAAUGACUCCAAUCCAGGCUAAACUUUACAGAUACUACCUGGAGCACUUCACAGGUGUGGGGAAUGCUGUGGAGGGGAGCCGGGGCCGCGCGGGAACCAAACUCUUCCAGGAUUUCCAGAUGCUCAGCAGAAUCUGGACCCAUCCCUGGUGCCUUCAGCUGGACUACAUCAGUAAAGAAAACAGGGGUUUCUUUGACGAGGACAGCAUGGACGACUUCAUUGCUUCAGAAACAGAAGAAUCCUCAAUGAGUUUGACCUCUGAAGAUGAGAAGAUCAAAAAGAAAAAGAAGCAGGGAAAAGGGAAAAAGAAGGGAUCUGACGAUUCGGACAGUGAUGAUGUUGAGGUCAUCAAAGAGUGGAACACCAGCUCUCGUGGCAGGAACGGCGAGGGCCGAAACAGAGCGGAGUCUGUAGAGGAACCUCGACCCUCUGGCUCCGCACCAGGAAGUCCCACUGCUGACUGGCACAAGGAGUUUGUCACGGAGGCUGACGCUGAGAUCCUGGAGCACUCAGGGAAGAUAAUGCUGCUUUUUGAGAUCCUGCGCAUGGCUGAGGAAGUAGACGACAAAGUGUUGGUGUUCAGUCAGUCUCUCAUCUCUCUGGAUCUGAUUGAGGAUUUCUUAGAGUUGGCUUGCAGAGCUAAAGAUGAAGAGAAAAUUUCUCCAUACAAAGGUGAAGGCAAGUGGUACAGGAACAUUGACUACUAUCGUCUGGACGGCUCUACCAAUGCCACCACCAGGAAGAAGUGGGCCGAGGAGUUUAAUGACACCAGUAACACAAGAGGCCGGUUGUUUCUCAUAUCUACAAGAGCUGGUUCACUUGGCAUCAACCUGGUGGCAGCAAAUCGGGUCAUCAUCUUCGACGCCUCCUGGAAUCCAUCCUACGACAUCCAGAGUAUCUUCAGGGUUUACCGCUUUGGGCAGCUUAAGACUGUCUACGUCUACAGGUUGCUUGCCCAGGGCACAAUGGAGGAGAAGAUUUAUGAGCGGCAGGUAACCAAACAGUCUCUGUCAUUCCGGGUUGUGGACCAGCAGCAGAUUGAGAGGCACUUUACGAUGAACGAGCUGGCCGAACUCUACACCUUUGAGCCAGACUUGCUGGAUGAUCCCUCUGAAAAGAAGAGCAAGAAAGCCACACCCAUGCUUCCUAAGGAUCCCUUCCUGGCUGAGAUGCUGCAGAACAAUAAGGACCAGAUUGUGUGUUACCAUGAGCACGACUCCCUGCUGGACCACAAGGAGGAGGAAGCCUUGAGCGAGGAGGACCGCAAGGCUGCUUGGGCUGAAUAUGAAGCAGAGAAAAAGGGUAUGUCCAUGAGGACCAACUACCAGACGGCAUACGCUCACGCGGACAUGAACAACCCCAGCUACUUCACCUACAACAUUGGAGCUUUGCCCUCCAUGACCAACCAGCAGCUGGAGGAACUCAUAAACCAGGGCCGACAGAAAGUCAUCGAGGCUACAAAUGCUUUGAAGUCUUUAUCACGGGAGUCGCUGGAAGAUAUAAUCAGCAGAGUGUGGAAAGAGAACCCAGCGCUUACGGAGAACCAGGUCCAGGCUGUCGCUCUGGGGCGACAGGCCACCGUGGAGCUAGAGCUUAAACGCAGGGAAGCGAUCUACAGAGAUGUCCUCAACAGGCAGCAGUCGUUGAUGAUGUACGUGCAGAAGCUGAUUACCAACAGGAAGGUGCAGGAGCAGCAGCUGGCCAUGGCCAAUCAGGCCAGCUACCUAAACCAGCUGGCCCUGCAGAAUGGCAUGAUGGGAGCCGGCGGGCUCAGUCAGAUGGACCUGCUCACUCUUUACCAGCAGCUCCACGGCCUGGGCGGCCAUCAGGGUAUGGGCAAAAAUCCUGGCCCCUCCAAGGGCCUGUAGGUCUCUUCUCUCCCCCCCCCCAAAAAAAAAAAAAAGAAAAGAAAAGAAAAAAAAGCUCAAAACACACAGAUGCAACGAGCCAGAGGGUCGGUGAGAGACUGAGACUGGACUGCUGUCCACUGGAGCCUCAAGUGAGAGAGACUCUCAGUGCUUUAUUCUGUAACUCACUGAGAGGAUGUAAUGUAUAAAUGACUGUGUGAAAUGUCUGUUAGGAGAGGGGGAAAAAAAAUGUAUAUACCGCCUUAAUGUUAUUCAAGUUCUAUAUCUUCAUUUUUUAUGUAUUUAAAGUUUUACCCCCAAUGCUUUGAGGCAUUGUAUUGAUUUGCCCUUUUUAAAAAAAGGGUUUCCUUAUUAUUUCCAGCUCAGUUUUUUUUAUACUGUUUUAAAUGCCUAACUAACUACACCUGAGUGGGACCAGUAUUGUUGGUGACAGGACUCUGAUGCAAAGCGCUAAGCGACGAUGAACUCCAGUAGAUUCCUCCACCUUUAUCUAGCAAAGCAGACAGCUGUUGGUGCUGCAAGUCCUGCUUUUUAUUUCUUUCUUUUUUUUUGGAAGAUGGGAGAAACUGAUAAAAGGGGGGGGGGUACUGGGGGGAAAAAAAAAUAUGGCCUUAUUGAUUUGCUAAAAAAACAAAACAAAAAAAGCUCUGUAAAGAUUUGAGGUUUGUUGAGAAUCUUUUCUAUUAUGCUUUUAAGUGUUUACAUUAGUUGUCGCUGAACAUUGUAACGGAAUGCUUGUGUUGUUCAGAAACUGCCUGCCAGUUCCUAUGACCCUUUUGUAACGUCAUCCUCAUUGUCACGUGUCGUCUAGCAUAGCACCGUGCGUCUCGUUCAUUACGCUCCACUUGUGUUGAUCCCCGAGCCUGGGUGAGAGGCCGGGUCUCGCAAAGCGGAGGCGGUUCAGCCAGGUGUCACAGAGGGCCCAGAACUUUUACCUUUCAGUGUCUUUCAGCGUUUGAAAUAUGCGUUUCCAGAUGGGAUUGACAGAGUAAAGGCUGGAAAUCUUAUUAUACCUGGCUGAUUUGUGUCCUCUGCUUUGUGAGAAAUGCUCUCCUGGACACUGUAGUCUCACCAGGCAGGCCCCCAGACUACUUGUAUUCUACUUUGGCACAUUCAUGCUUCUAAAUGCUUAAACUGGUGUAGCUGUUGAACAUGAGGAAUAUGAACGUUUCUCACGGAGAGACGACUUGCCGUCUCCAAUUGACUCCUGUGUUUGCACAAGGUGUAUUUCAUAAAUGUAGAAAACGUUUUUUGCCCUUGUCUAAGAAUGUUCUUACGUUAGCAAAUACACCAACAUGAUUUGCCAUGAAUCUGAUCUGCUAUUAUCUUGAUAAGUAUUUAAUAUAACAUUUAAUAAAGUGACCAAAAGUAUAA